AUGACGCAAGCAUUUUUUAAUAAAUACUUUCCCCACCAUAAGACUAGCGCCCUUACGAAGCAAAUCUCAUCUUUUACCCAAAAGGAUAGUGAGACCCUAUAUCAAGCCUGGGAGAGAUUUAAAGAACUACAAGCCCUUUGUCCUCACCAUGGUUAUGAGAGUUGGCGUAUAGUUAGUUACUUUUAUGAGGGAUUAACACCUAGGGAACUUCAAUUCGUAGAGAUGAUGUGUAACGGUGAUUUCCUGCAAAAGGACCCGGAUGAGGCCAUAGAGUAUCUAGACGAUCUUGCUGAGAAAGCUCAUACUUGGACAGGACCUAGCCCUACUGAUAGUACCAAUAGGUCACGACCCCCAGGAAACCCCACUAGUAUAGGUAUCUACCAACUUAGGGAAGAAGAUAGUCUUAAGGCCAAAGUGGAAGCCCUUACUAAGGAAUUUGAGACCUUGCGUGCUAAAGGCUCUAAACCUGCACAAACUGUUUCGCGUGUUGAAUCUUUGGGACCUUGUUUUGUGUGCGGUGGAGUAGAUCACCUAGCCCAAGAGUGCACCACUUUAAUUGAGAUGAGAGGGGUUUAUGAGGAACAUUGUAAUGCCUUAGGCACAUAUAGGAAGCCCUAUUCUCCUUUCUCCGAAUCCUAUAACCCAGGGUGGCGCAAUCAUCCCAAUCUCAGCUGGAAAUCUGAAAACCAACAAACUACCCAAUCAAAUAGAACUUACAGUGCACCAUCAUAUCAACCCAUACCCUCUAGGAACUCUUUAGAAGAUACCUUAUAUGCAUUCAUAGAGGCACAAGGCAAGACCAAUCAGAAGUUUGAGACUAUGAUUAACCAGGUAGUGGAGGAAAAUAAGGAGAUAAAAAAUCAUGUGUCUAAAUUGACCAAUGCCUUAACUUUGGGGGAACGUGGGAAAUUUUCAGCACAAGCUCAACCUAAUCCUAAGGGACAACAUAUGGCUCAAACCUCAGGUUCAGGAGAGAGUAACCUUAAGGAAGCAAAUGCCAUCACCACCCGAUCUGGGAAGGUUAUAGAACCAAUUUCAAAACCUAGGGAAAGUGAAAAGGAGUCUAGUGAGUCUGAAGAAAGUAGCCCUAGUGAUGAGGCAGUAGGAAAUCCAUCGAGGGUACCUUUUCCACAAGCCCUUAAGCUUAGCCCAAAAUCAGUCAAUCAACACAGUGAGAUCCUAGAACACCUUAGGCAAGUAAAAAUCAAUCUUCCACUCUUGCAUGUAAUUUCACAAGUUCCUACAUAUGCGAAAGUCCUUAAGGACUUGUGCACUGUGAAGAGGAAACACAUUGUCAAGAAGACUGCCUUCUUGACCGAACAAGUGAGUGCUGUGAUUGAACAAAGGAUCCCACCGAAAUAUAAGGACCCUGGCUGUCCAACUGUUUCCUGUGUCAUCGGGAACCAUGAGUUUGCACAAGCUCUCCAUGAUCUGGGAGCCAGUGUUAAUCUCAUGCCCCAUUCCAUAUACUUACUAGUAGGUCUUGGUGAAAUUAAACCCACUUCUGUGGUUCUACAAUUAGCUGAUAGAUCCACUAUAAGACAUAGGGGAGUAGUUGAAGAUGUGUUGGUUCAAAUUGAUAAAUUCUACUACCCCGUUGAUUUCUUAGUCUUGGAUGUGAAGGUUGAUGUUAAUGUUGAUUCUAAAAUUCCUAUUAUUCUUGGUAGACCUUUCCUCGCCACAGCUAACGCCCUUAUAAAUUGCAGGAAUGGUCUAAUGAAAUUGUCUUUUGGGAAUAUGACUCUAGAAGUCAACAUUUUUCACAUUGCUAAGCAACCAAUGGAAAGUGAUGAGUGCCACCACACACAUAUGAUUGAGGCACUCACUCAGGAGGAGGCACUUGAGGCUACAAAUUCUGACCCCUUAAAUCUUUUUCUUUUGAAUUCUGCAAAUUCAGCAAGUGUUAAUGAUGAAGAAUAUGCUAACCUUUAUGCUAUUUUUGCAAAAUUUCAGGACUAUGGGAUAUCACCUUGGCAAACCAAAUUUGAAGAAUUGCCAGAAAGGACGGGCGGCCAGCAACCAUCAAGCAUUGAGAGCCCCAAACCAGAUUUGAAACCGCUACCCCCAGGAUUGAAACAUGAAUUCCUUGGACCAGGUGAUACUUUUCCUGUAAUUAUUUCUUCAGAAUUGGAUGCAUUACAAUGUGAGCAACUUUUAAACAUUCUGAAUGAACACAAAUCUGCAUUAGGUUGGACCAUAGCUGACAUUAAGGGUAUUAGUCCUCUAAUUUGCUCACAUAGGAUUCAUUUAGAAGAAGGAGCCACCCCUAAAAGAGACCCACAGCGUAGGCUAAACCCGACAAUGAAAGAAGUUGUGAAAAAUGAAGUGCUGAAACUAUUAGAUGCAGGUAUCAUUUAUCCUAUUGCAGAUAGUAAAUAG